UGGCCAGGCCACCUGAAGGCUCUGGUGGAGGCUGUUUACUUCAGACCCGGCUGGUGGGGGACACCAAAGUCAUGGCCAGAGACUCAUGCGAAAGGAACUACAGAGAGCGAAUAUGAAUGAUGUGUUGGAGUGUGCGAAAGCAUUGCUUCUGAAAGUCAAUUUGGUGCAUUGCUAAAGACUACACACACCCAAACGAGUGUGGGAGGAGAGUUUGUGCUAGUACUCAGCACAGAUGGACGGGUGCCACUGAGAUGUCUUCCAAAGUGUAUUGCUCCGACACCGAUAGGUAGCAAAGAUCCCCCAUAUGCAUGGGGCUAAAUGUGUUGCCAAACCAUCACGCUCACAUGUCAACGGACACUCCUUUUCUGGGUCAUAUAAUUAUUCUCUGAGACUGCAUGCAUCUUGGAGGCAGAGGAUACAGAUCAUUGGGUGCAGCAAGUCAAUACAGCUGAAAGAUUUCCUGAAGCCAAAUCCUCUAUUCAACCUGAAUCUCUUGCUAGAGAUUUUCAAUAUUGUCAUGACCAUGUUGUUGACACUCUUACCUUUGUUCAGGUCUCUGUAAGUUUAGACCCAACAGCUUUGCUACCAACGUACAGGCAAUUGAGAUAGUGUCAUCAGAAGAGUCGGUGAGACUCAUACAGAAGAUGCUCAACAACUCUGUGGCUGCUCGCUGGUACCAGAUGGGUGUGGUAAUGGGGGUGCUCCCCUCUGAUCUGGAGAUAAUCAGAGAGAGUCCCGAGUACCACGGGGCAGGGGAGAGAGAAGCUGGCAUGUUGAAGGCCUGGCUGGAGAGAGGCUCUCUGCCUAGGACCUGGCAGGUGGUUGUUGAUGCAGUAGAGGACAGAGCUGGUGGCAAUCAUAAAGUCCUGGCAAAGAAGAUUGCCAGCUUUCCUCUGGAAUCGUUCCAGGUGAUGCCUAGUCCUGGCUCUCCAGUUACCAGUGCAGGUCAACCUGCUAAACAACCAGUAUCAGCCAGAUCAUUAGACUCCACCCCCAGUCUGAGAGACCUGACAGUGUUCAAGACCAGAUCAGGAGAGAAGAUUGAGAUCAUCAAGUCCCUGGCCCCAGAGUGGAAGUCAUUUGGUGUCCACCUCAACUUUGAUGACAUGGGGUCCCAGCUGUCACUCAUUGAGGCUCAGCACGGCCAGAGUAACCCACAGAGCUGCUGCCGGGACAUGAUGAUCCACUGGCUGCUGGGAAAUGGGGAGGGGCCCACCACUUGGAGAACUCUGCUGGCCCUGCUGGAGGAUGGCGAGAGGGCCUACCUCGCUGACUGCAUCAGGAGAGAACUACUCUCGUGACAUUUACACUACAGACAUCAUUGGUACAUCAUAGUUGUCCUUCAAUAUUCAUUUUACCCAUCACUCUGAUUAUGGAAGUUUAUAAAAUUGGUUAGC